GCCACACUGGCAGCUCCGCUGCGCGUACUUCCUGGUUACAGAUUGGGGGAUACAAGGAAAUUUCUGCGUAAUUCUUGAAAUUUCUUUCUAAAUAUUUGUUGAAUCUCCAGUAACUUUAUGCAGACGGCACAAAUUUAACAGGAAGUUUAUUUAUAAGCGUUUUAGAACAGUCAUGAAUCGAUUGUCACUUAGAAAUGAAUGACUGAUGGGAAAAAGUGUGGACGUGAGCAUCAUAGGGACCAGUUGAAGGACAGCUGCAUCAACCCACUUAUCUCAAUUAAACCGUAGGCCGUUGUGGAAGCACCACACACACCCGUCUGGACGUUAGAGAUCUCAGCUGUCAGAGAGCCAAAAUGACUGUGUCAAACUGGGGUCUGAUCAUGAAUGUUGUAAAUAGCAUUGUGGGUGUGAGUGUCUUAACGAUGCCCUUCUGCUUCAAACAGUGUGGAAUUGUGUUGGGCACAUUGUUGUUGUUCUUCUGUUCGUGGAUGACCCACCAGUCCUGCAUGUUUCUAGUCCACUCGGCUAGUAACACCAAACGUAGGACUUACGCUGGACUAGCUUUUCAUGCUUAUGGAAAACCAGGCAAGGCACUUGUGGAAUUAAGCAUGAUUGGCCUCAUGUUGGGGACCUGUAUUGCUUUCUAUGUCGUCAUCGCAGAUCUGGGGUCCAACUUCUUUGCUCAGCUGCUUGGGCUGGAGGUGACGCGUAGCUUCCGCAUCUUGUUACUGAUCGCUGUGUCGCUGUUCAUUGUACUGCCGCUCAGCUUGCAAAGAAAUAUGAUGUCAUCAAUCCAGUCUUUUUCAGCCAUGGCGCUUAUUUUCUACACACUCUUCAUGUUUACGAUGGUGCUCUCCUCCUUCAAACAUGGCCUCCUCACUGGCCAGUGGCUGAACAUGGUCAUUUACGUUCGGUGGGACGGCGUCUUUCGCUGCAUCCCUAUCUGUGGCAUGGCAUUUGCCUGUCAGUCGCAAGUGUUGCCCACUUACGACAGCCUGGAUGAGCCCUCGGUGAAGAGAAUGAGCACAAUAUUCACCUCCUCGCUCAACGUGGUCACAACCUUCUACAUCACAGUGGGGUUCUUUGGUUACGUGAGCUUCACAGAUAACAUUGCCGGGAACGUACUGAUGAACUUUCCAUCUAACUUGGUAACGGAAAUGAUCCGUGUGGGCUUCAUGAUGUCUGUGGCUGUGGGCUUCCCCAUGAUGAUUCUGCCUUGCAGACAGGCCAUCAACACCAUGCUAUUCGAACAGCAGCAAAAGGAUGGCACCUUUGCUGCCGGUGGGUAUAUGCCACCUCUUCGCUUCAAGAGCAUCACUCUUUGCAUUGUUUUUGGCACCAUGUUGGGCGGCAUCCUCAUUCCUAAUGUGGAGACCAUCCUGGGUCUGACUGGAGCCACCAUGGGCAGUCUGAUCUGCUUUAUCUGCCCAGCUCUCAUCUACAAGAAGAUCAUGAAGAAUGCCUGGACUGCACAGCUGGUUCUGUGGGUCGGCCUCGGCAUCCUGCUCAUCAGUACCUUCACCACGCUUUCUAUUUCCUCCAGCGAGCCACAGAAAGUAAACCCCCUUCCAGAUCUCCCUGCAAAAACCGAGGACAAGCCUCCCAUCCUUGUCGCCCAUGAUUUGCCCAAAGGACCAGUGCAAGAGAAUAGAGUGGAACCUGAUCCUGGAAAGAAGCCAGAUAGGCCACCAAUUGAGGUUGACCAGCCAGUAGAAAAAGCAGCAGCAGAGCCCCCUCAAAUUAAAGUACCUGUGGAAGUGGCUGAGCAAAAGAAGAAGGAGGAAAAGGUUCAGCUGGACCGCCCUGAAGCAGGUGUUGCGGUCCCAGAAGGGGAAGCCCAUCGCCACGAGCCGCCCAUCCCCCAUGACAGAGUUCAAAUAGAUGAGAUCAAAAACAAGGAGGAGCUAGAGGAAGAAAAGAAGCAACCUAUAGUUGUGGAGGGAGAAAAGAAACUACCUGCCAAAGAGGAGGAGGAGCUUCUUGCUGAGCAGGGGGCGGGGCAAGCACAAGAGGUGGAAGCUGUAAAAGAGGAGUCUAAAAAAAGAGAUGAUACGGUGAAAAGGGCUGUUGAUCCGGACCAGCAUGCAGUUAAUGAAGUGUUGGAAAAGCCAAAAAAUCCAGAUGAUCUGAAGGUCGAGCCCUUGGUGGUUCAUAAAGAACCAGAAAACCUGCCUGAAGUGAAAAAACAGCAUGAUGAGAAUGAAGCGCCCCGAGAGAAGAAGCCAGAGGAGAUGGACAAAGCCCCUGAACCCCAGGGUGAGAAAUCAAAGGAGAACUUGAUUGUGCAGGAGCACAAGGAACAGAAGGUUCCAGAUGGAAAGGAUGGAGGGCCGGACAAGGAUGGAGAUGGGGACAAGAUGGAAGUGAUUAAAAAGAUUGUCGCAGAGGGUCAGUUGGACCACGCUGUCCUGCUCCAGGUAAUUAAGGAGCAGCAGGAACAGCAGAAAAGGCUUCUGGACCAACAGGAAAAACUCCUGGCUGUAAUUGAGGAACAACACAAGGAGAUGCACCAAAUUAAGGAGGGAGAUGAAGAGCCAAAGCCAGUAGAACAGCAGAAAAGACAUGUGGACCAUGAGGAGAAACACUUAGAAGUGAAUGAGGAGGUCAAUCAAGUAAAAGAAGGAGAAGCUGAACCAAAGGCAGCAGCAGGAGAGGGUGCAGUUAAGGAGGAGAAUGUCGUGCAGAGUCAGGUCGAGGGGAUGGAAGGGGCAGUGAAGCCUAAAGUUGCCGUUGUCGCUCCAGACCAAUUCCAGCAACCCCAGGGAGAGCCGGUGCAUGUAGCUCCAGUUGUCGCAAGGCCUGAAGAACCAGAAGCCAAAGAAGCUCACGUAGAAGUUGGCCUUCCCAACAAUGUCCCUGAAGCAGUGCAAGAAGGUGGUGUUAAUGUUCCUAAGAAGGAGGAGCUGGAGCUGAAAAACCAAGCAGGCCACGAUGGAGCACUACCUCCAGAGGUGGGUGCCCGAGGUGUUCCUCUGCGUCAACGAGAACCAGAACCAGCCAAAAUCAAUCCCGACGCUCUUGCAGAAGAAGAGGAGAGAGUGCGGCAGAAACUUGCCCAACUGGAAGCCGAAAAGGAGAGAAUAGAGAAAGAAAAGUUGGAGAAGGAAAGAAUCGAGAAAGAGGUGCAGGCCCGUGUCGAGAAGGAGCGGAAGGAACGAGAAAGACGAGAGGAACUGGCACGUGAGCAGGAGCUAGAACACGUGCGGCAGCAAAAGGAACAGCUAGAGAAGGAAAGGCUCGAAGCGGAGAGGUUGAAACUUGAAAGAGAGAAGACUGAUAAAGAGAUCAUGGAGCGUGCCGAGAAGGAGAAGAGAUUGAUGGACCACAAGGAGCGGCUAGACCAGAUGCAGCAGGUCAUCGAUGCGCGAUUUGUGCAGCAGGGCAAGGAAAGUCUUGAGGAUGAGACUUUGAAACUGGAACGAGAGAAGACUGAUAAAGAGAUCAUGGAGCGUGCCGAGAAAGAGAAAAGGAUACUCGAGCACAAAGAACGACUAGAGAAACUACAGCAAGUCAUUGAUGCAAAGAAGGAUAAUGAUGCCCCCAAAGAAGGAAUCUUGCCCUUGCCUAAACAGAAAGGAGGCAGGGACUUGAAGGAGAAUGUAGCUCCACCAGAAGUGGAGGUGAAAGUGGAAAAGAGGAGCAGAGAGGAUGGAGGGAUGGACCUUAAGAGGAGACGUAGAGCUGUGGACCCUGAGGGCGGAGGCGGCGCUGACCUGGAUGUUCUGCGGGACGUAGGAGGUUUAGACUUAAAGGGCCAACUCCUGGCGGGAUCUCUGAUUCAAACACGCCAGCUUAAACAGACGUUUCAAAGCCAGGAGAAUGAAGAGUAAAAUAGGUUGCUCUGGAGUUACAACCUCUGAAACCUCUCAAACGGACCUGCAGAAAUGCACACUCAAAAACUAUGUGAUCUGGCAGUGAGAAGAAUCGCUAUCCUCCUCGUUUUAAAAGACACAACAUUCAUUUUGGGUUCAUGAUGACAGUGGGCACUUUGAUUUGAUCCUUUAGUUCUCCAGUGGGAACACUGAACCCACAGUCCCUUAUGAGCUUCCAUUAUUGUUUUGUGUGAGAUUUUGCUGAAUCUGGUGCAAUAAACGAAAUGUCUGCUGUAAUAAACUGAGCGGGCAUCACAUUAAAAACAAGCUUUGAUGGGCACACAGGGCAUUUCAGAAUAUUGUGUUUUGGACCAUCGCAUAAGAAAACGGCACAAGUGUACCCCCUUGUGGCUGUUAUCCUAAAUUGUACAGCAAGUUCUAAAAUGUAAUGUCACUAUUGCAUGCUUCCUUAUUGAGGUUUUAUCUUCUGUGAAUAAAAAUAGAGGCCGGAUUAAUAUGAGAUGCGGUUUUAAAAAAAUGCAACUUUUACCUUCUUCUAGAAGCUUCAUUUUCUUUCCUAGGAACUGGUGGACCAUUUAUUGCACCAAAGUGUUUUCAAUCUGCUAUCGUGUAUAAUGAAAAUGGAGUGUUAAUGUUACCUUGGCCAACAUGUUCAAUGGUCCGUCUGGUUGCUAGAAUAGUGACAUGUUCUUAUCUGAAACCGUGGUCAUUCUCCAUUAAGACAUCUUUGUUUUUCCAGCUUACUGUAGUGGUAUAAGUCUUGGGAGUUCAAAUACUUCCUUAAUGGUUUUGAUGAAAGUCUUUGUUUUAUUUUUAAAUGCAAUCAAAUUCAUGUCUUUGAAGGAGAAAAAAUAUAUUUUUAAAAGCUAGCUGUAUAGUUAACUGUUAUAACUAUACAUAUUUGAAUCAUUUAUGUUCCUUUUUUUGAUAAUUUGCUAGGUGGAUUUUGUUUUCUGUUUGUUUCAGUGUGUUUAAUUGUUUAUCACUUUGUGAAAGUGUUCAGCUCUCAUUUUUUGAGGUUGAUCUGAAAUUGGACCUUACAGUUGAUGUCAAAAGUUUACACCCCCUUUCAGAAUCUGCAAAAUGUUAGUUAUUUUACCAAAAUAAGAGGGAUCAUACAAAAUGCAUGUUAUUGUUUAUUUGGUAUUAACCUGAAUAAGAUAUUUCACAUAAAAGAUGUUUACAAAUGCUCACUGAUUCUCCAGAAGCAAAAACCAUGCAUUAAAAAUGUACACAUCUCCAUUCUGUUCAAAAGUUUUCACCCACCGAUAUUGUUUUUCCUCAUUGUCCUCAGUGUGAAAAGAUGGAUCUCAAAAUCAUAGUCAUUGUUUGAAAGGGUUCAAAUACAUAAAAUGCUGGAAAACCAAAAAAAUUGUGGGAUUUUUCUAAAGAACAGCAGGCAAUUUUUGCCUCAUUUUUAUAAAUUCAACUAUUAUUUUCUCUUGUGGACUAUAUGUAAACAUCUUUUAUGUGAAAUAUCUUAUUCAGGUCAGUACUAAAUAAACAAUAACAUGCAUUUUGUAUGAUCCCUCUUAUUUUGGUAAAAUAACAUUUUACAGAUUCUGAAGGGGGCGGGGGGUAAACUUUGGACCUCAGAUAUACAUAAAUUCCAGAUUUAGUGUUGACCAUACCAUUUAUGUUUCCCACAGUCAGUUCCUUUGUUUCCACUGUGCAGUGGGUUUGUUUUCAGGGUUACAUUUCUUUUCUCUUGUACAUUCCAUAUUUUUGCUUCUUGCCAAUCACAAAAUGUGAUUCUUGUCGGUGCCUUAUGGGGUUUGUGUUUUGCAGUGAUGUGUAUGAAGUCUGUUACACCCACACUGUGUGUGGAUUGCCUUUUUUGUCCCCUCUCUGCAUUUUCUAUGCCUUGCUGGUUAAACCAGUCAGGGUAAUAGACUAUAUUCUCGAUUUCACUUUUGGGGAUGUUUUUGCCAUUUUGAAAGAACAUAGAGAUAUGGUUUGAAGUCAUAAGAGAUUGAUGGAAUGCUGUCUGCCUUAGUGGGCAGUAACACUGCUCACUUAUCCAUAUACAGUUACCAGAUGAUGUGUAGAUCUUUAAAAAAUAUCUCAAGUUA